AUCACUUUAAAGAAAGAACCGUAUCAUCAACUUACCAUCAAGAUGACUAAACUCAUUCAAACUCAUUCAAAUGAUUCUCAAACUCAUCAUUCAAAAUUAAAUCAACUCGAUUCAAUUCUCAAUCAAAUCAUCUUUCAGGCUGGUUCUGAUCAUGAAUCGCAUCCACUAUUGAUCAUCUGCGCUUCAAGAUUCCCUUCACCUUCAACUUUACCAAUUGGAACUGAUUUCAAUAUGCUUGUCAAUCGAGCACUUUCACUCUUCUCACCUAUCACAUCUAUCGAACCAUACUCUCUUGUCAUCUUUGCUUCUCCUUCUGAAUUUGGUCCCAAUGUCACUCAAGUCAUCUCCUCUUACCUUCGACUCGAUAAAUCAACUCGUAAAAACUUGAAAUCACUUUGGGUGGUUCAUCCCACUUUUUGGGCAAAGAUGACAUUACAAGUCUUUUUAAAUGGGAUUGUAAGUUGGAAGGUAGGUAAGAAGGUCAAGUGGACCAAUUCGCUCUCAGAACUUGCGACUCAAGUUCCACUUCAUCAGAUCUGCAUCCCUCCUGAAGUUUACAAAAUCAACCUGACUCUUGAGCCCCAAAUUGUGAUGCCACCAACUUGGAGAAGGAAACCUGUCAUAGGUACACCUCUUGAACAGCUUAUGGGUCCACAAGGCGAAAGAGGCAUUCCUCAACUCGUUCAGGACUCGGUCAACUGCAUUCGAUCUUUAGGUCUCGAUGCUGAAGGAUUAUUUCGAAGGCCGCCGUCACUAGCCACCUUGAAAGUCUUGAGUGAAGCCUAUGAUCGCGGUCAUCCAGUCAAGAUUUCAGAUUACCCCGAUGCACCACACUUGGCAGCAUCACUUUUGAAACUUUUCUUGAGGGAAUUACCAGUCCCAGUCUUUCCAUCAUCACUAUACCCUGUCAUUCUAGCUUGUCCACCUAUCCAGGCUAAUUCGAGCAACUCGGAAGUAAUGGCGUAUAUCCAGGAAAAGUUGAUUGACCAACUCUCCGCUCCCGCAGUCAAGCUACUGUCUUACGUUUUGAGUCUUUGCCACGAUAUCGCAUCACAUGCUGCUGAGAACAAAAUGGAUGCCCAUAACUUGGCCACAUGUCUCACACCCACACUUCUUCGAUCCGAUGACCUGGCAAAGGAUGCUGCCAUGUGCAAAUUAUCACUUACUGAUGGCUUGUCUGCUACAACCAGCCCACUGAAUCUGAUAUCCAAUAUCUCAGGCACCAGCCUUGGAUCAAUCCUCAAAUUCAUGAUCACCAAUUUCCACACAGUGUUUCAAAAUUUUGAAAUCACAUCAUCAGAUCUCUCGGGUUUUUACUCAGCUCCGACUAGCCCCAAUACUUCAACAAGUUCAAGAUCAUAUCAAGAAUUUGAUUCAGUUUCACCUACAAGUAGUCGACCAUCAGUCGAAUCACCCAAUCAAAGCUCACCUCAAAAGAGUUCAAGGUUUCAAGAUGAAGAUAGAAGAGCAAGUUAUUCACAUUUAUCAAAUUCAACUCCUUCAACUCAUCGAACACGUCAAGCAAGUCAUAGUCUUAACCCUAAUCAUCAACUUGUUAAUCAUUGUGUAAGAACCAAAGAAUCCUUUAAUGGGUUGUUUUUGUUUAGUGGGAUCAGUAGUGGGAAUAAUAGUAGUCGGUUUGCUACUACUGAAGUGGAUGGGACUAAUGCUCAUGGACGAGUUAGUGUUAGAACUCUUUUUCCUCCUCUUCCUGUUUCAUCAUCAGAACAUGAUGUUGAUUAAGAAGACUUUGAUAUAAAUUGAUAUUUCAGUGAUCUGGUGAUUUGUUUUUUUCUUGUACGUUUGUGUGAAAAAGAAGCAUGGUGAUUUGUUUUUCUCUUGUGGUUUUUUGGAUUUCCAUGAUUUUUUGGGUUGUAGGUUUCUUUCUUUUGCAGAUUUUUUUUAAGAUAUUUGAUGUGUUGUAUGAUAAACCGAAUUGGAACUUGUCUAUUAAAACCCGUUUGUUUUGUGGUUUGAGAUUUGUCUUUGUAAGAAUUAUGAUGGCUUUGAAUUACCUUAUUAUAUAUAUUGUGACAUUUGUAUAUCAUGUGACUUGUUUUUUUAGUUGUUUUGUUUUACAUACUUUUUUUUUGGUUUUCAAAAGAAAUGAUGAUCACUGUAAAAUGUU